UUUUCAUACAAAACAUAAAAUGGAUAACAACCCUGUUCAUGUCAGACAGCUGUUUAGUAAUUUCGACAAACUGUUCCUAAACAGCUGUUCUUGUUUCAUUGUUUGCAAACGCACAAAGUGGUUGGACGCUUUGAUAGGUGUUAAGAAAAGAUUUAUUAGUUGUUUAAGAUUUUCAACGAAAACUUCCACAAAGAUGGAGAAUGUUACAAUCAUUUUGCAAAAUGCAUUUAAAUGUGAUGAAGAAAACAGAAACAUGGAAGCCGAAAUGUAUUAUACGAAGGCCAUACAAAUUGUAAUGGAAAUGGUUAGAGCCUUCGAUGACGAAAAAAAGAAAAAAUUUUUGCAAAAAAUCAAAGAGUAUAUUGAACAAGCUGAGAAAGUUAGAACGCGCAUUGACACUUUAAGACGUUGUGGCAAUCAUGUAACUGAGGUGCAUAUCGAAGAUGAUGCUACAGGUUACAGUUAUGACGUGCUAUUUGGAACGUAUUUGAACGCAGGGGUGAAAGAAAUACUGAUUGAGGAAAGCUACUUAAGAGAAAAACAUCAGUUAAAAAAUCUCGUAAGAUUUUUUGAAUUAUCAAUUAAGAGCUGCCCAAAUUGCAGAUAUGUGCGUGUGGUAACUACCGUAGAUCCAAAUACAAAGUCCGAACAAGCUGCCAUAUUGGAUGAAAUAAAGACGAAUUUAGCCAACAGAAAUGUUCAUCUUAAUAUUGUGUAUGACAAUAUACAUGAUCGCAGAAUUGUUCUAAGCAAUGGAUACAUCAUAAUAUCUGGUAGAGGACUUGAUAUUUAUAAAAAGAAUGAGGGCAAUUUUGGACUAGGUGUUUGUGAUUAUUUUUACAGAAAGUGCAAACGUACGGAUAUAACGAUUAUGCGAAGCUCUGGUUUUACUUAAGCAGCGUAUGCUUUGACUGUACUUUUUCUAGAUAAUAAGUUCCAUUAUAUAUAAUACGUAUUUUAAGAAGAUAUUUUAUACAAUAUUUACAAAUGUACUUAAGAAGAGAACACUCAUAAAUUUUUUACGUGUACCAUGAAUAAAGAUGACAUUCAUACCAAAUGA